GAAGGGCUGGAUGAAAGGAGGCAGGAAAGAUCCAGGGAGGGGACUGCUUUUCAAGCGCCUUCCGCACUCCCAGGAUGGGACCAGCAUUGAUUUGGUGGGCUUGGAAGUACGGCAUACAAAAGACUCAAACAAUUUGAAAGAUGUAAUCUUAAUAUGCUGAUGUGAUCAAUUAUCCAUUGUCACAAGAAGCAGAGCUCUGUUGCAUUUGAAUUCAUAUGCUUGACAUUCAUCAAACAACCUGUGAAGCACUCCACUUUUCCAUCACUUUUUCCUUCGUUUCUUUUUUCAUCAGUUCUUUUUGGGGGUAGUUCCAUCCCUCUCUUCCUUGGAUUGAUUGCAUAAUUAGAUACUUAUAUGAAAUUCAAUAAAAUCAUUAAUAGUUUUUUUAAUCUCUCUGCCACAACUUGGAUACACUGGAGGGAGCAAUGGUAUGGGUAGUAGGGAGGCCAAAGGAGGAGGAGGAGAUGCAGGAAUCAAAUUGGGAAAUAAUCAGGGCUUGUAAAAGUGUGUUAGCUGUUGGGACAGAGGAAAAAGUGCUGGGAGAGGGAGGAGCCUAAGAUGACUCCCUGAUCAUGUAAGUAAUAUAGGCAGUGGUGUUGUCAACUGUGAUAGAGAAUGGGAGACAUGGGGAAGAUAUAGGAAGAAAGAUGAGCUUAAAUUGUUGAGGCCUCCAUGAAGAAAUGUGGGAGAGACAGACUCCAACUGAUCCCAGACCUGCCCAGCCAAACUGCCCUUCACUGGAAAAGACAGAAAUAGAUCUGAGUAUCAUCACCAUGGAGAUAGAAAUUGAAAUUGUUAUCGGAGGUCUCUGAGUGCGCUAAGAAAUAAUGCUCAUGAGCACAUGGUAUAGAAGAGAGCAUGAAAGUGGAUCCUCCCAUUGUGUAUUUUACCACCAGUCUUUAGCUGAAGAUUAUACAACUCCCCAAUCUUUGAAAAAUCCUGCACAUGACAUGUGGUCAAGUUAAUGUUAUGAGGGAAAUGUCACCUUUAGCAUUAUCAGAAUUUGUGCACUUGUUUUUGCAGCCUUUAUUCUGUUUCAACUGUAGUUUUUAAUAGUAGUAUACUAAGAUGUCGUUUCCCUGGUGGAUUCUUUAUUUUAGACAAGAGAAAAGGAAAAUGACUGUUGGUAUCUAUUUUAUUUUCUAUAUAGGUAAGUCACCUUCAUCAUUGCAGUCAUUGAACACCUUCCAACAGUGCAUUAAAUGACGUGAUUAGCAUCUGUCACAUGCAGUUCAUUCUUUUUCUCAUCCUCACCCCAAAAAGGAAGCUAUGUGUGCAUUGCAGUGUUUUGUUUUAGUAGGUACAGCUUUUUAAUAAGAACAUGCUGCUUUGUAUUCAUAUUGGAGAAGGCAAGGUUGAAAAAAUGGACUCUAUACUUGGAGUAGGUGAUGAGGUUUGUGAUGGUCCUUAGUUCCUAUGGGAGUUUGUUCCACAGUCUGAGAAAGGUCUGUUUCCACCACAAGUGAGCGUUACCCUUUCAGUAAAAGUUCAUGGUACCUGAAGAGUGACGUUGCCCAUCACCGUUCUUAUCCUGGCACUUCAGGUGAUCUUUUAGAUGUCCUGGGCUCAGGUUGUCGAGAGCCUUGAAGAUAAGGAACAAAACCUUGAAUUUGACUUGAAAUUGCCUAUGGGAGGACACUGUAGAGAGCAGGGGACAGGUUUGAUGUAGCUGUGGUGGCCUGUUUUGCCAAGGAGAGGUACUGAGUUCUGUACUAGUUAGAGAUUGAUGGUUUCAUGCCCAGGUAUGUUAUGCUGCUGUAGUCCAGCUGAGAAGUAACAAAGAUACUUAUAGCUGAGGCAAGGUUAUCAUUCUCCAGAAUAGAGGAUCUUCUUGGCAACCAGAAAUGAUAGGAAGUGUUGCUCAUGGUCACUGCUGUGUGUGUGUUUUAGUUUCAGCAAAGAACCCCCAGGAAUGCUUCCAAAUUACAGACAGAGUUGAACAAUUGUGGGCCUAUAUCUUCAACCGAAGGACUACAGCAAUUGCAAACUUCUUGGAUGAAAUCAUCCUAUUGAAAUCACUGAAAAAUGAUGAUGCAGAGAUAACUGCUAUGAUUAAGUUUGAAUGUUAACCUUAUGGCCCACUAGAGUUGGGGCUAGAAAUUUAGUCUCUCGGUGAGGGGUGAAAAUGAGUUUUGAGUGAGCAUAGUCCCAAUUGUAAGAAGCUUGUCUAUGUUCUGCUAUUGCUGGGAUGCAUCUGCUGCUGAUGCCAAAACCCUCCAGUUGCACAAUAGCAUCACCAAUGAGGUAAAGAGGUAGCUACCACCUAGGCUGACCAGAUGAGAGGAAGAAAAUAUUGGGACAAAUUGUGUCCUGACCAAAGAUCGGUCGGGAUGCAGGACAAACACCUAAAUAUCGGGACGGUCCCGAUUUUAUUGGGACGUCUGGUCACUCUACUGCCAACCCUCUCUGCAGCAGCUCUUCGUUGUGGCAGAGACCUACCUCGCCUCCUGCCCCUGGGGAAAUGCCUGCCAAAGAGACAUCAUUGCUUCUUUUGACCUUGCCCUGCUGCUAAUGGAGAUUACAGCUAAUAACAUCUGGCAGAUUGCUGGAGGUCAGAUCUGUGCAGCAACAUGGACUCAUCGGAGGAGACUGGGGGCUCCUCCACAGAAGAGAACUACUUUGUGAAUUACACCUUCACUGACCGUUCUCACUCAGGCCGGGUAGCUCAGGGUAUUAUGAAGCUCUGUCUGGAGGAUGAGCUCUUUGCUGAUGUUACCAUCUCAGUGGAAGGCAAAGAAUUCCAGCUGCACCGGCUAGUCCUCUCAGCUCAGAGCUGCUUCUUUCGUUCCAUGUUCACUUCCAACCUGAAGGAGGCUCACAACCAGGUGAUUGAGCUACAAGAUGUUAGCGAGAGUGUUUUCCAACUCCUGGUGGACUAUAUUUACCAUGGGACUGUAAAGCUGCGGGCAGAAGAGUUGCAGGAAACAUAUGAGGUGGCAGAUAUGUACCAGCUGACUGCCCUUUUUGAGGAGUGCUCCCGUUUCCUGGCCCGCACGGUGCAGGUGAGAAAUUGUCUUCAGGUUAUGUGGCUGGCAGAUCAACACAGUGACGUGGAGCUCUACACAGCUGCAAAGCACUGUGCCAAGUCACAUUUGUCACAGCUUCAGGAUACAGAGGAGUUCCUGCACCUACCUCUCCGCCUGCUGACAGACAUUCUUACAGAUGGUGUUCCGUGUUCAGAGAAUCCAACAGUUGCCAUAGAAACCUGGAUCAACUUCAACAAAGAGGAGCGGGCAGGCUUCUCGGAGGUGCUGCGAUCCAGUCUAAAGGAGAUUGGGGAGAACGUUCACAUCUACCUGAUCGGGAAGGAGUCAUCGCGUACGCACUCACUUGCUGUGUCUCUGCAUUGUGCUGAUGAUGACUCAAUCAGUGUGAGUGGCCAGAAUAGCCUGUGCCAUCAGAUCACUGCAGCUUGCAAGCAUGGCAGUGACCUGUAUGUCGUAGGGGGCUCCAUUCCACGGCGCAUGUGGAAAUGUAACAAUGCCACCGUAGACUGGGAAUGGUGUGCUCCUCUGCCCCGUGACCGGCUCCAACACACCCUUGUCUCCGUGCCCAGCAAGGAUGCUAUAUACUCACUGGGAGGCAAGACGUUGCAGGACACUCUCUCCAAUGCGGUCAUAUACUACAGAGUGCGAGACAAUGUGUGGACAGAGACCAGCCAGCUGGAAGUCGCUGUCUCUGGGGCUGCAGGUGCCAACCUCAAUGGUAUCAUUUACCUGCUGGGUGGGGAGGAGAAUGAUCUGGACUUCUUCACUAAGCCCUCCCGGCUCAUUCAGUGCUACGACACCAAUACAGAGAAGUGCCACGUGAAACCUUAUGUAUUGCCUUUUGCAGGGCACAUGCAUGCUGCUGUGCAUAAAGACCUAGUGUUCAUUGUGGCUGAGGGGGACUCGUUGCUGUGCUAUAAUCCCCUCCUGGAUAGCUUCACCCGACUCUGUCUGCCAGAUGCUUGGAGCUCAGUACCAUCCCUCUGGAAAAUUGCCAGUUGUAACGGCAGCAUCUAUGUUUUUCGGGAUCGUUACAAAAAGGGAGAUGCCAACACCUUCAAACUCAACCCAGCCACCUCUGUGGUGACUGUCACCAGUGGCAUCAAGGUGCUGCUCACUAACCUGCAGUUUGUGCUGGCUUGAGGUGACAAGCCCACAUGAACAUUCUGUAGAGCAGCUUAGAGGCACCCAGUUUCCUUAGCACUUGCCCCAACAAGACCAGCUCACAGCACCAUAGAGUGCCCCCUCCUCUUUAGCCCUGCUUGCAGGCAGUAUGAGUCUCCUGGAUGUGAGGCUGUUUUCCCUUUCAGUACGCUCUCUAAGUUGACUUACAGCAUCUUAAAUCCCAGAUAGACUAAAUAGUGUUACUAUGAUCCUCUGAUGUGAAGCUGUGUUUCAAGCUCAAAUUGCAGCAGAUAGGCUUCUUAGGCCUAGAACUAUUCACCACCAGCAAGCCCUAGCAUGAGCAGAUGAACUUUUUUUGUCACAGCCUUUUAAUGUAAUAGCCCAGGAGGCUGCAUGUGCUGCUGCCAUCACUAGUCACAGGGAAUGGCCACCCUGUACACUCCCUAAAAAAGCUCUAUGCAGUUUGAAACGGGGCUCCAAUAUGAAUGUUUCUUGCUAAGGCUACAGGACUGGCUUCAGGCCAGAGGCACUGACUAAAAUGGACUGUACUGUAGACUGAUUUAGAGGUGGGUCCAAGUCCCUGACUUGGUUGUGCUCUGCCCUAACAUCGGGGAGAUGGACUUGCUGCUACUUUGCCACCUAGCAGAAAGAGGAAAACUAUCCUUACAGUACUAUUGUGCCAAUGCUGGUUUCUAGCCCCAGUACUGGAGCUCCCAGCCUGCUGACAUUACAUGACAGAGCUGUACGAUGGUUAAAGAUGAAACUAAAGUUCAUUUUCUCACACCCUUCCCUGCUGGCACUGUAGCCCUUUAGGUGAGAGCCUGAAUAAAAGUGUCUGGUGGGACAAAGA